AUGUCUGACUCGGUAAUUCUUCUCAGCAUGAAGAAAUCUGGAGAGGACAAUCAUGGUUUUGAGUCAGACAGAUCAUAUGACAAUGAUAAGAAAUCAAAGUUAGAAGAUAAGAAGAAGAAAGGUGGCAGCAGUCAAGUUGGCUUCUUUCAAUUGUUUCGAUUUUCUUCAAAGACUGACAUUUGGCUGAUGUUUGUGGGAAGUUUAUGUGCAUUUCUCCAUGGAGUAGCCUAUCCAGGCGUGCUACUGAUUUUUGGCACAAUGACAGAUGUUUCUAUUGAGUAUGACAUGGAAUUACAAGAACUCAAGAUCCCUGGAAAAGCAUGUGUGAAUAACACGAUAGUAUGGACCAACGGCUCCCUCUACCAGAACGUGACAAAUGGAACGCGCUGUGGGUUUCUGGACAUUGAAAGUGAAAUGGUCAAGUUUGCCAGUUACUAUGCUGGCAUUGCUGUCGCGGUACUUGUCACAGGAUAUAUUCAAAUAUGCUUUUGGGUAAUUGCGGCAGCUCGUCAGAUACAGAAAAUGAGAAAACUGUACUUUAGGAGAAUAAUGAGAAUGGAAAUAGGAUGGUUCGACUGCAAUUCAGUGGGAGAGCUGAAUACAAGAUUUUCUGAUGAUAUUAACAAAAUCAAUGAUGCCAUUGCCGACCAAAUGGCCAUUUUCAUUCAGCGCAUGACCACGAGCGUCUGUGGGUUCCUGCUGGGAUUUUACCGGGGUUGGAAACUGACCUUGGUUAUUAUCUCUGUCAGCCCUCUCAUUGGGAUUGGAGCAGCCAUCAUUGGUCUGAGUGUGUCCAAGUUUACAGACCAUGAAUUGAGGGCCUAUGCCAAAGCAGGGGCAGUGGCUGAUGAAGUCAUCUCAUCUAUUCCAACAGUGGCUGCUUAUGGUGGUGAGAAAAAAGAGGUUGAAAGGUAUGAGAAAAAUCUUGUGUUUGCCCAGCGUUGGGGAAUUAGAAAAGGGAUAGUGAUGGGAUUCUUUACUGGAUUCAUGUGGUGUCUCAUCUUCUUGUGUUACGCUCUGGCCUUCUGGUACGGCUCCAGACUUGUCCUGGAUGAUGGAGAAUAUACAGCAGGAACCCUUGUCCAGAUUUUCCUCAGUGUCAUAGUAGGAGCUUUAAAUCUUGGCAAUGCCUCUUCCUGUUUGGAAGCCUUUGCAGCUGGCCGUGCAGCAGCCACGAGCAUUUUUGAGACAAUGGACCGGAAACCCCUCAUUGACUGCAUGUCAGAAGAUGGUUACAAGCUGGAUCGAAUUAAGGGUGAAAUUGAAUUCCAUAAUGUGACCUUCCACUAUCCUUCCAGACCAGAGGUGAAGAUUUUAAAUAACUUAAGCAUGGUCAUUAAAUCAGGGGAAAUGACAGCUAUGGUAGGAUCCAGUGGAGCUGGGAAAAGCACGGCACUGCAGCUCAUUCAGCGAUUCUAUGACCCCAGUGAAGGCAUGGUGACCUUGGAUGGCCAUGACAUUCGCUCUCUUAACAUUCAGUGGCUUAGAGCUCAGAUCGGGAUAGUGGAGCAAGAGCCUGUUUUGUUUUCCACCACCAUUGCAGAAAAUAUUCGCUAUGGCAGAGAAGAUGCAACGAUGGAAGAUAUAGUCCGAGCUGCCAAGGAAGCCAAUGCCUAUAGCUUCAUCAUGGACCUGCCACAGCAAUUUGACACUCUUGUUGGAGAAGGAGGAGGUCAGAUGAGUGGCGGCCAGAAACAAAGACUAGCCAUCGCUAGAGCCCUUGUCCGAAACCCGAAGAUCCUACUUUUGGACAUGGCCACCUCGGCACUGGACAAUGAGAGUGAAGCCAUGGUGCAAGAGGCACUGAGUAAGGUUCAGCAUGGGCACACAAUCAUUUCCGUCGCUCAUCGCCUAUCCACGGUUAGAGCUGCAGACGUCAUUAUUGGUUUUGAACGUGGUACAGCAGUGGAAAGAGGCACCCAUGAAGAACUGUUGGAAAGGAAAGGAGUUUACUUCACUCUAAUGACUUUGCAAAGUCAAGGAGAUCAAGCCUUUAAUGAAAAAGACAUAAAGGGAAAAGAUGAAACUGAAGAUACCUUACCUGAGAGAAAACAGACCUUUAGCAGAGGGAGCUACCAAGCUAGCUUAAGAGCUUCCAUCCGGCAACGGUCCAAGUCUCAGCUUUCUUACCUGGGACCUGAACCUCCAUUAGCACUUGUAGAUCAUAAGUCUACUUAUGAAGAGGACAGAAAGGACAAGAACAUUCCUGUGGAAGAAGAAAUUGAACCCGCCCCAGUUAGGAGGAUUCUGAAAGUUAAUGCUCCAGAAUGGCCCUACAUGCUGGUAGGGGCUGUGGGCGCAGCUGUCAAUGGGACAGUCACACCCUUCUAUGCCUUCUUCUUCAGCCAGAUUCUUGGGACUUUUUCAAUUCCUGAUAAAGAAGAACAAAGGUCGCAGAUCCAUGGUGUGUGCCUGAUCUUUGUAGCAAUAGGCUGUUUAUCUUUUUGCACUCAAUUUCUGCAGGGAUAUGCUUUUGCUAAAUCCGGGGAACUCCUCACCAAAAGGCUACGUAAAUUGGGUUUCAGAGCAAUGUUAGGGCAAGACAUUGGCUGGUUUGAUGACCUCAGAAAUAGCCCUGGAGCACUGACAACAAGGCUUGCUACAGAUGCUUCUCAAGUUCAAGGGGCUGCCGGCUCUCAGAUCGGGAUGAUGGUCAAUGCCUUCACUAACAUCACCGUGGCCAUGAUCAUCGCCUUCUUCUUUAGCUGGAAGCUAAGCCUGGUCAUAGUGUGCUUCUUCCCCUUCUUGGCUUUAUCGGGAGCCAUACAGACCAAAAUGUUGAUGGGAUUUGCCACUCAUGACAAGCAGGCUAUGGAGGUCGCAGGACAGAUUACAAACGAAGCCCUCAGUAAUAUUCGCACUGUGGCUGGCAUUGGAAAGGAGAGGCAGUUUAUAGAAGUGUUUGAGACUGAACUGGAGAAGCCAUACAAGACAGCCAUCCGAAAAGCAAAUGUUUACGGAUUCUGCUUUGGUUUUUCCCAGUGCAUUGUGUUUGUUGCUAAUUCUGCUUCCUACAGAUAUGGAGGUUACUUAAUUCCCAAUGAGGGGCUCCAUUUCAGCUAUGUGUUCAGGGUGAUCUCUUCAGUUGUACUGAGUGCGACAGCUCUUGGGAGAGCCUCCUCUUAUACGCCAAGUUAUGCCAAAGCUAAAAUCUCAGCCGCACGCUUUUUCCAACUGCUGGACCGACAACCCACAAUCAAUGUGUAUAGUAGUGCGGGUGAAAGAUGGGACAACUUCCAGGGGCAGAUUGACUUUGUUGACUGUAAAUUUACAUAUCCUUCCCGACCUGAUAUACAAGUUCUGAAUGGUCUCUCAGUGUCUGUUGGUCCAGGGCAAACCCUGGCAUUUGUUGGAAGCAGUGGAUGUGGUAAAAGCACUAGUAUUCAGCUGUUGGAACGUUUCUAUGAUCCUGACCAAGGGAAGGUGAUGAUAGAUGGGCAUGACACCAAAAAUGUAAAUGUCCAGUUUCUCCGCUCGAAGAUUGGAAUCGUUUCCCAGGAACCAGUGUUGUUUGCCUGUAGCAUAGUGGACAAUAUCAAGUAUGGAGACAACACCAAAGAAAUCCCCACGGAAAAAGUCAUAGAAGCCGCAAAGCAGGCUCAGCUGCAUGACUUUGUCAUGUCCCUUCCAGAGAAAUAUGAAACUAAUGUUGGCUCCCAGGGGUCUCAACUCUCUCGAGGGGAGAAACAACGCAUUGCUAUUGCUCGGGCCAUCGUACGAGAUCCUAAAAUCUUGCUACUAGAUGAAGCUACUUCUGCCUUAGACACAGAAAGUGAAAAGACGGUGCAGGUCGCCUUGGACAAAGCCAGAGAAGGUCGGACCUGCAUUGUCAUUGCCCAUCGUUUGUCCACCAUCCGGAACUCGGAUACCAUUGCUGUCAUGUCACAGGGGAUAGUGAUUGAAAAGGGGACCCAUGAAGAACUGAUGGCCCAGAAAGGAGCCUACUACAAACUAGUCACCACAGGAGCCCCCAUCAGUUGACCUGACCUGAGAACUUCAUGCACAGUUGGUGCACCAAUUACAGAAGUGCUGUGGGGUUUUGUUUUUGUUUUUUUU